AUGAGGGGACUGUACACGGCUUAUGAGAUCGGCAUGCGUCUCUGCGUCGCUCGCCGCGACAUAGAACAGAGAGACGAACGCAUACAGAAGUUAGAAGCUCGCACCGAAAAGGCCGAGUGUGAGCUAAGGAAAACCAAGUAUGCCAGGCCCCAAUCAACCAGCCACCCCAACCCGGUUGUCGAAGAGAGGGUUACUCAAAGGUUGAUUGGUGAUGCGAUCGCCGAUCGUAAUACGGCUAGCAUGUUCACGAUUGGGACUGCGAGAGACGCGGCUUAUGAAAAAGGCUUUCAUAACGGCCAACUGAUCGGAAUUCAGAAGACCAAAGAGAAACUCACUGAAGAAGUUUGCCAAUCUGAAAAUCGUGGCUUUAAGCACGCCACCAAAGGGCUUCCGCAAGUCCUUCUUCCCCAGCAAGGAUUUGAAGAAGCUAUUGAAUCAGCCAGUUCACAAGCGCAGAGCCCCCUUGCAGUACUCCCCAACGUCCCAAAUAGGAAGAAAAUCCAAUCUCCCCUUUCUGUCACAACUCCUCAAACUGCCUUCACAUCUCAGCCAGAUCAAGGAUCGAUCUCUGAUCCAGCAGAGCAGCCGUCAACCUCGGCUCCAUAUUUGAUCCCACUAUCUCAACGUCGUCGACGACGCCGAACAGUUUUUGCCACUAAGAUGGGCCGCCAGUCAAAGUUGAUGAUAGUGCCAACGACAUCAACGUCGGUGUUGACCUUCGGUGUUGACCUUACUACAGCCUUGCUCCUCUCUGGGGAUCUCGACCGCAAUGCUGAGAUGACUGAGUAUGAAAACUUUGCCUUGAUGUUGCAACACUCUGCUAAACACGCCCACUCCUUCUCAAUGCAGUCUUUUGAGAUAAGGAAGGCGUUGGCCGACAAGACUAGGGAGGUUGCUAGUCUGCAGAAGGCCAGCAAAAAGACUGAGGCGAAAAUGAAGACUUUGGCAGACCAGGCUGAGGCUGCUGUCAAAGCCAAGGAUGUGGCCGAAGAGAAGGCGGAUGUCGCUGAAGCCAUAAACAAGGCCCUUGAGGCCCAAAGGAAAGAGGCCAAAGAGAAGACGGUUGAGGCCCAAAAGGAACUCCAAGACGCCUUGGCCACCAAAGCUGUCGAGGUCAAGGUCGCAGAUGAAAAGGCAUACGCUGAGGGGGUGGCCGAUGUCAUGGCAGAUUACGAGAAACAGGAGGGUGAGGAGGUUCCCAAGGAUGCUACUCUUGAGAAGGCAUCAUGGGACGUGCCUCUCGCCGACAAGAGCCUCGAUCAAACCCUUCAAGAAAUAGAUGCCAAGCUCGCGACUGAGAAGGCUGCCGAGAUGUCCUCCCAGUAG